CGGCCUUCCACUGCGCCUCAGGUGUGGCUGGCCGCCGGUGGGAGGACAUGGCUGUGUGCCUGCCGGCUGUGGUGGAGGAGCUGCUGAGCGAGAUGGCCGCGGCGGUGCGGGAGAGCGCGCGAAUUCCUGAUGAGCACCUAUUAUCGCUGAAGUUUGUCUUUGGUGCAUCGGCUGUCCAGGCCUUGGACCUCGUCGAUCGACAAUCUGUCACCUUAAUCUCAUCACCCAGCGGAAGGCGGGUUUAUCAGGUCCUGGGAAGCUCUGGGAAAACCUACACCUGUUUGGCUUCUUGUCAUUACUGCUCAUGCCCUGCGUUCGCCUUCUCGGUGCUACGGAAGAGUGACAGCCUACUGUGCAAACAUCUCCUGGCAGUUUAUCUUACUCAGGUUAUGGGGACCUGUCAGCAACUGAGUGUCUCUGACAAGCAACUCACUGACAUCUUGUUGAUGGAGAAGAGACAAGAAGCCUAAAACGCACUGAGAUUUGUGCUUUUCAAGAUAGAAGUGCUACCAAGAAAUGCGUUUAACAUACGUUGAUUCACACGGGAGAGGAGACAUGACAUGGCUCUUCAAGACUUGUUACUGUCCAGUCCCUCGUGGGCUGCAAGACAGGCUGUGAGUGUGGGACUAUGCA